AGAACAAAUGCCGCAUCAUUAAACAAAGAGAGAGAAAAGAUCAAUCGAGAGGGUGCCGCUUCGCCGUCAGCGCCAUCCCUAAAUCGCCUCGAUACAAGAAAAUCCUCGACGAUUUGAUUUCCCUUCCCAUCCGGAGUCGAUCGAUUUCGCCUCUUCGCGGUUUGUGUUCGUAUUGCUCGUCUUGGUCUGCGAAUUCUUCAAUCAGCCAUCUUGGUUAUCUUUCGUGAAUAUUACUUUUGGGUCUUUGAGAAAGAACGGGCGGUCAUGGCCGAUUUGGAGAACUUGCUAUUGCAGGCAGCAGGGAGAACUGGAUCUGGUCAGAAAAACAAUAAUUCACGCCCACAGUCAAGAUGGAAGCGAGACAACUCUUAUUCCGAUGGAAGUGAUUCAAGGGACGACGACUCUGAUGAUCCCAAGUACACUAAAAGAAAGCCUUCUGGAUCUCAGGUUCCACUAAAGAAGAGGUUUGAUCCACCUGAGAAGGACAAGAGGGGCGGCUGGAGGGAUGGUGACAACGAUGACGGUGGUGGCAGGCACAGCGAUGAUGACUCUGACAGUGCCCCUUCAGUUGGGAGUGAUCUUUACAAGGAUGAUGCGGAUAAAGAAGAACUGGGGAAGAUGUCUGAAUUAGACAGGGAGAUGAUAUUGGCUGAGAGGAGUACAAAGAUAGAUGAUUACAAGUUAAAGAAGAUGGCACGAGCAUCAUCAUCAAAGAUGGAGAAGAGUCGAAAGGAGAGGUCUCCCCCUCUGCCGAUCCGUGGACGCUCAUCAGCCCAGAACGACAGGACAGCUGCCAAGAGUGCUUUGAAUGAACUAAGAGCCAAGAGAAUGAGACAACAAGAUCCAGAGGGUUAUCGCAGCCGGUUGAGGGAUUUGACCGGAGAGGGAGCCAUUGGUGGCUUCACCCUCCGUGAUUCUUCUCCCUCCAAACGCAGAAAUCUUGGCAUGGCUGCUAGUCCACCUAGUGAUAUUAGCAACGAAGGUGAGAGUGGAGGCAGAGCUGAUAGUGAUGAUGAUAGGUUCCAUGAGGACAAAAAAAUGGAUGAUGAUUUGUUAGAGGAUCUGUCGCCAUCUAGAUUAGAUGCACCUAAGUUUGAGGAUGUUAAAAACAUAACAAUUAGAAGGUCAAAGUUGGUUAAGUGGUUCAUGGAACCCUUCUUUGAAGAGCUCAUUUCUGGGUGCUUUGUCCGGCUUGGCAUUGGGAAGACACGAUCUGGGAAACCCAAAUAUAAGUUAUGCUUGGUCCGGAACGUGGACGCAACCGACCCUGGGAAACACUACAAGCUGGAACAUUACACUACGUAUAAGUGGUUGAAUUGCAUCUGGGGUAGUGACUCCUCGGCAGCUAGGUGGCAGAUGGCUAUGGUCUCAGAUUCUCCACCAUUAGAAGAUGAAUUCAACGAAUGGAAAUGGCAGGUGGAGAAUGAUGGUGGCCGGAUGCCAACCCAUCAGGAGAUUCUUGAUAAGAAGGAAGAAAUUCAGAAGAUAAACAAUUUUGUGUAUUCAGCAGCUACUGUAAAGCAGAUGCUGCUAGAGAAGAAGUCGGCCUCCCUGAGACCAGUAAAUAUUGCUGCUGAGAAGGAUCGGCUGAGGAAGGAGAUGGAAGUGGCACAGAGCAGGCGAGAUGAAGCAGAGGUGGAGAGGAUUAGAGCAAGGUUGAAGGAGUUAGAGGACAUUUCUCGGAAGACAAAGCAGGUUGAUGAAAAGGCUGUUAGAUUGGCAGAGAUGAAUAGGAGGAACCGAGCUGAGAACUUUAAGAAUGCUUCAGAGUUGAAACCAGUCAACACGAGCUUGAAGGCUGGGGAGGCUGGUUAUGAUCCAUUUUCAAGGAGGUGGACAAGGUCAAUGAACUAUUAUGUCUCGAAGCCUGGGGGCGAUGGUAAUGCAGCAGCUGCAAAUGAUGAUCAUGAGAAACCUGUGGUGGCAGGAGUUGCAAAUGGGGUAGUGACAAUAAAUGGGGUGGAGGCUGGUGAGGCAGCAACUGCAGCAGCUCUGCAAGCUGCAGCUGGUGCAGGCAAGUUGGUAGAUACUAGUGCACCUGUAGACCAUGGAACAGCAUCGAACUUUCUGCACAACUUCGAGCUGCCAAUCUCUUUAGCUGCCUUGCAGAAUUUUGGGGGCCCUCAGGGUGUGCAUUUGGGGUUGAUGGCAAGGAAGCAGAAGAUUGAGGCGACCAUUGGGUACAAGGUGCCUGAUAAUGAUGGGAGGAGGCAUCCCUUGACUCUGACAGUCAGUGAUUAUAAGCGUAGGAGGGGUCUUCUUUGAAUCAAUGCUUUUUAUCAGCCUGGACCAUCAUUGUAUCCGUUUCUACGCCAGUGUGCUGAUACAUCAUCUGCAAGUAUUUCUCUGUCGUCAAACAGGUAAUUCAAGUUUUAUUUCUGGUGAAUGAAAGCACACCCAUUGGACCUACUGGUUGUCUGAUGAAUGAUGUCCUGCUGGCAUUCGCAAAUGAGGAUUCUGUUUGUGCACUGGUUUUUUCUAGUCAAAAUCUUCUGGGUGGAGUCUUUCUUUAAAUUUCAUCUAGUUUCGUCAUCAAGCUAUUCAAGUUUUACUUCAGAUGAAUGAAUUCACUUUUUUUUUUA